CCUCCGCCAGUUGAGGAAGUAGUGAGCGAUGCACACGACGGUGCUUCGGCUGCAGACAGGGAGGGAUCUAUCUCACAAGCACCCAUGAAGGCAUCGACGAGCAUGCACGUAAAAGUCGGAGUGACUUGUCUCAGUGUCUUGCUCAGUGUGCACUCGAGGCGGUCAGCAUUGCGACCGGCCCCCAAUCGACAAAUGCCAUGCCCUCGUUGCCUUCAUCGUAUCACCCGGGUGUUCCCCAGACACUCGAUGCGCCUUUGGCCUGCUGCGUCCUGAGCCUUCGUCAAUAUCUUCUUUGGGGAAACGUCGAUCAGAUGACACUCCUGGCUCAGAAAGCCUUCGGCUUGCUGGGAGGUGUAACCUCGGAUUAUUCCUUACGCGAAACAGAUCUGUACGCCGAAGCUUCACGGAGAGCAUGGUGGAUGAUGUACCUGUGCAUGUGUAACGCUUCCAUUGUGAGCUGUAAGCCUCUGGCCGAAACCAUAGAUAUAAACAAGGUUUGCGUACCGUAUCCUUCGACUAGCCACGGCUCAGAGAUAUGGAUCCGAUAUAUUCGUGCAGAAGAGGCGCUCGUAGCUGCUACUCUCCUCCUUGUUGCUCUGGUCAAAGGUGUUAAGUCUGAGGCCACUAUAGCGCCCUUCAAUCGGAGCAUUCACACUCUCGACAGUAUCAUCUCCCACCAAUUAUCCAUACACUCCAAAGGGACAGAUGUUGAGCGCACGGAUCAAACUGCACAGAUAUCGCGCCUUUAUGGAUCACCCUCGCAUACUGAAUAAGUUUGAGACAUUUUCACCUGUUCGGGCUUCCAGUGAAUAUCCGAACAUCGCACUUACGCGGGAUACGUGGGCCCACGACAGGGGGCAAAAUUCUAGACUUGCUCGAGUGUUUCCGUUUCGGAAGGAGCAGUCUCAAAGCAUUUGUUUGGAUUACGCUUCUACUAUUGCUGCUGAUAUAGACUAUAUAUCGUCCACUAUAAGUGCUGCGGCACCUGGGAUAUGUUCAGCGAUUUUGGCAGGCUACACACUCAUAAUGAUGUCUUACUACCACAUCUCUGUUCCGGCGCCACAGAUGCCGUCCACUGCUCUCCUUCAACAU